GUCGCAGGUCCUCCCACUUCCCGGCCAGCUUCCCGGUGUCCGCUGGCUUUGACAUCCGCUUCGAUAUUGUUCUGUUUCAGCGGCGCUUCAGGUCGUGCCAUGUCCUGCUUAGCCGUGCGCCCUCGUUUUCUCCUUCGCUCUACGGUUUCAAUCCGCCCGCUCGUCGUUCCACCUUUUUCGUGGAUACCGGCAAGACCAAGCAUUCAGCCACGUUUCGUAUCUCAACUGGCAAGCCAGCAAUACAACACACCGACCACUGCGACCGUCGCAAAAACGCAGCACAGCAUCCUGUUCUUUGGGGCCGAUGAGUUUUCUAUCAUAUGUUUGAAGAAGCUGUGGGAGGCUUCAGAGGGUAGAGGGUCAAUAGCACAUAUAGAGGUGGUGACACCUCCAGAGAGCACGAACAAGAAGGGAUUCAAAGUCCCAAUUAGAAAGUUUGCAAAAUCUCUCGGAAUCCCUAUUCAUUCGGCGCCACCAAAAUCCUUGAAAGAUUGGAAUCUCCCCACACCAAGCGGCCCACUCCCAUUUUCUCUCGCAGUUGUGGUUUCUUUCGGAUACUUUAUACCCCGCCGCAUCAUCCGCCAAUUCAGUGGCGGAGCUCUCAAUGUCCAUCCAUCGCUUUUACCAAAAUAUCGUGGAGCCGCGCCAUUGCAGUAUACCAUCCUUAAUGAUGAUCGGGAGUCCGGUGUGUCCAUCAUCGAGCUCGAUGAGAAAAAAUUCGAUGUGGGCCGGAUCGUGAAGCAAAGCAGGAUCGAUGUUCCACCCAACACGUUUCUGAUGGACUUGCACGAUCGUCUUGGGAACCUGGGGGCGGAAGACCUGCUGACUGUGGUGGAAGAUCUGGAAACAUACAAGGCAAACGCACAGAUUCAAGACGAUUCAAAAGCAUCUCACGCCCCGAAAAUUACCAAAGAGAUGGCCAUUAUUGAUUGGACCCGACCCGCUGACGAGAUCUAUCGUUUACAUCGGGCAAUCGGGAAGAAGAUUCCCCUUCACACAACGUUCUUAGGACGUCGAAUCCAACUCCUGGAAAUCAUCGACCCAUCAUCCAACCCACCAGCGACCCACAACACCGCAAAUAGCGCGCCAGGAACACUGCACUUCAAUCCUUCACAUAGCGUUCUCUUCGUGGCGUGCGGGUCGCCAACAUCUUCGGGCACGUCGUACCUUCCGGUUAGGACUGUGAAGAUGCAGGACAAACAGGCGGUGAAGAUUGAUGCUUUUGUGAAUGGGUAUCAGUUGAAAGGGAAGGAGGGGGUUAUGUUUGGUGCGGCGUAGCGCGUGGCAGUUGCGUUUAUUGAAAGAUCGGCCUGAGACACUUUACUGGUCAUGGCGGAAUCUGGUCUACAACGCGUUCUAAUGCAAGGAGAGAAACAAGAAGUUCUAUGAAUGGCUACAUGCUAUGGGCCUUGAAGUCCCAGUGAAUGAGCGAACAUGUACCUCGAAAACC